UAGAAAAAUCAAUGGAGAUGGAAUCAUGUGUCCCUCCUGGCUUUAGAUUUCACCCAACGGAGGAAGAACUCGUGGGAUAUUAUCUCAAGCGAAAGAUUAACUCAUUGAAAAUUGAUUUAGAUGUCAUUGUUGACAUUGAUCUCUACAGAAUUGAACCAUGGGACAUCCAAGAUAGGUGUAGAUUGGGAUAUGAAGAACAAAGUGAGUGGAUGAGAAAGACAAGGCUGUGCUUUCAAAGAACAAGGCUGUUCUUUCAAAGAACAGAAUAAUAGGGAUGAGAAAGACCCUAGUGUUCUACAAGGGCCGCGCACCCAAUGGAAGGAAAUCUGAUUGGAUCAUGCAUGAAUAUCGACUCCAAACAUUUGAACAUGCACCUCCUCAGGCAAGUUCAAUCAAUGACUUGCAACUACAACAAAUGUUUUCAUGUUUUUUUUUUUUUUUUCAUAAAAAUUACUUCUAAACUAAAUGGGAAACAAUAUCAAGAACAUAAAUGGAAAACUAACUUCUAUAAUUUCUUAGUGAGGACAACACAAUAUUACCCAAUUACUGCUAGUAGAUUACAAAACGUAUACACCAUUAAUCCCUCAUACAUAAAAAGCUGAAAAACAGAGAACAUUUUUUGGGUACAUAUCAAGCCAAACCCAUUCGGUGAAAAACAGGGCCGAAAGAUUACAAAUCCAUACACCAUUUUUCCCCAGUUUGAUUCCAGAGAAAGCUCAGAAUUAACGAGGGGUGAAAGAACACAAA